UUCUUGAUUUUUACAGUGGGAGUCCACGUUGCCACCAUGGAAUAAUACAGUGAAUUUGGUGCGAAACCAUACUACCUAGCAUACCGACUGUGAGGGUCAUCAAUCUUUGCCAUCCUCUCGAAUUUCGACGUUUCGAUCUCCUCCAACUUCGACUCCCGAACGAUUUGACCUUUACGCACGCGAUAUGUCGGACACGGGCUCGGCGGGGACCGCCUCCAAGAGCCAGGGCAUCAACCUGGUUGCUUUCAGCGCUGCGCUGACGACCUCGUUGGUCGUCUUCGGCGUUCAGACGGGGCUCUUUUUGCUGCUCAGGACGAAGCUCGCCAGAAUAUUCAAACCCAAGACGUACCUCGUACCCGAUCGCGAACGAACGGAGCCACCGCCCGACAGCCCGUGGGGCAUGGUCCACGCCCUCUGGCGCUUUAAAGAUCGUGAAAUCAUCAAGAAAUGCGGUCUGGACUCGUACUUCUUCCUUCGUUACCUACAGACGCUUCUCGUCAUCUUUGUUCCUAUAGCUCUAAUCGUCAUUCCUAUUCUGAUACCACUCAACUUCAAUGGAGGCAAGAGCAUGGACAUCAAUUCCAACGCUACCGCCGCCGAUGGAAACCUGGAGGACCACCCUACUGGUCUCGAUACUUUAGCAUGGGGCAACGUGAAACCGGAGCGUGCCCGCAGAUAUUGGGCACAUCUGGUCCUGGCCGUCCUCGUGAUUGUAUGGGUUUGUGGUGUCUUCUUCUCUGAGUUGCGCAUCUACAUCAAGGUGCGCCAGGACUAUCUCACGACUGCGGAGCACCGACUUCGAGCUUCCGCCACGACGGUCCUGGUCAACGCCGUUCCGGAAAAAUGGCUUAGCGAGGAAGCUCUGCGCGGGCUUUUUGACGUAUUCCCGGGCGGAAUCCGCAACGUGUGGCUCACCAGGGACUUCACCAAGCUAUUGGACAAGAUCAAGAAGCGGGACGAGGUCCAUUUGCAACUGGAGGGCGCCCAAACGGAGCUCAUUCGGAUGGCCAAGAAAAAGCAAUUGAAGAGAAGGGAGGCCGAAGAGAAGGCGGCGCGGAAAGCAGCCAGGGCAAAAGGACCAACCAAGGAGGAGAGAGCUCAGCGUCAACAAGACGAAGACGCUGCGGCGAAGCUGCAGGCAGAGAGCGGCGCUGGUGCCAGCAGUGGGGACAAGCACGAGAUCCCUCACGAUAUCGAUGAUGGCUUGAUGGAGUCACGCGAGAUACAGGAUACACAAGACAAGGGUUCGUCUUUCGACCUUCCAGCGCUGAGUCAUGGCUUCUCGAAGCUCACACACGGUUUGGGAAGAGGCGUAGGGGGGAUUACCCAGGGCCUAGGAAAAGGAGUAGGUGCCGUGGGCAAGACUCUAGGUCAGGUGGAUGAUGAGUUGGAAACGACCAACGGCUUUGUCACUCUUGCUCCAGCAGCCAGAGAUCAGCGCCAUAUUCAAUUCUCCGACGAAGAUCGGCCUCCUACACGAGGCUCCGACCAUCACAGGUUGGUCGGCCACACACAGCCAAAUUCGACUGCGACUCGCGUCUCUCACUCUCACCACGACUCUGUCACGUCUCAGUAUUCUCUGUCCAACAAUGGGGACAUUGAGAUGAAAAAAUAUAGCAACACUACUCGCAAGGCUUCCAACCUCGAUGCCAUGUACAUAAACGAGACACCCCGGUGGUACGAAUUUUGGAAACCACCACCCGGUGGGUUUGCUUCCCCCCUUCCGCAAGGUCUUGAAGACGAGGAGUUUCCUUUCAAGACCGAAAAGACCGUCUGGCAGAAGAUCAAGGGUAUCUUUGUCAGUGACGAAGAUACUGUCGAGUACCCCCCCGCAUUCAACAAGGAGGUGAAGGAAGCCGGCGACGAGGGCGCAGAAUGGGAGAAAUGGCUGAAGAAGUCGGACCGUCCGACCCACCGACUCGCGAUUUUCGAAUGGACUCCCGGUUUCCUUCCCGGGCUUCCGCUAUUGAACAGGAAAGUCGACACUAUAUACUGGUGCCGAGAAGAACUGGCUCGGCUGAAUCUUGAGAUUGAGGAAGAUCAAAACCACCCAGAACGAUACCCUCUCAUGAGAUCGGCUUUCGUCCAGUUCAAUCACCAAGCUGCCGCCCACAUGGCCUGUCAGAGUGUGACACACCAUGUUCCGAGACAUAUGGCUCCCCGAAUGGUGGAGAUCUCCCCCAAUGAUGUUAUAUGGGACAACAUGGCUAUAAGCUGGUGGGCUGAAUGGAUGAGGACCAUUGCCGUUGUGGCUAUCGUUACCGGCAUGAUAAUUCUUUGGGCCAUUCCCGUCGGUUUCACAUCAAGUCUGUCCCAAAUCACGGAUCUUAUCGACCAAUUCCCAUGGCUUGGCUUCCUUGAAGACAACGUCAUAGUGCUCAAAGCUGUCCAGGCCCUUGCUGGCGUGUUGCCGGCCAUCCUCCUCGCCCUGCUGCUGUGGCUAGUGCCUGUUAUUAUGGACCUGCUUGCUGGCUUUAAGGGGGCCAAGACAGGUUCCCAGAAAGCAGAGACGGUGCAGAUGUUCUACUUCGCUUUCCUCUUCGUCCAAGUGUUUCUUGUUGUCUCCGUAGCGUCCUUCUCCUUCGACACCUUUGAUAAGAUUUUCAAUAAUCCGGGCAAGGUUGCGGAGCUGCUGGCGACUAAUCUCCCGAAAUCGGCCAAUUACUUCUUCUCAUACAUGAUACUGCAAUCCCUUUCUACAAGUUCGGGUACCCUUUUGCAGAUUGGAGCUUUAGUGGGCUGGUAUGUUAUUGCCAAAAUCACCAACAACACGGCACGCAACAAGUGGAACACCAAUACCAAACUCCCAAAUGUGAAAUGGGGCUCUUACUUCCCUGUUUAUACCAAUUUUGCCUGUAUUGCUCUUGUUUAUUCUGUUGUUGCGCCUCUCAUCAGCGUCUUCGCAAUCGUCACGUUCAGUCUUCUCUGGAUGGCCAACAGGUACAGCAUGUUAUACGUCAACCGUUUCACCAUCGACACAGGCGGCGUUCUGUACCCACGUGCCAUCAACCAGACUUUUGCUGGACUCUACGUCAUGGAGAUUUGCCUGAUCGGUCUCUUCUUUAUUGUUGAAGCUCAAGCAGACGUCGACACGGGCUUUCCCCAGGCCGUCAUCAUGAUAAUCGUGACAGUUUUGACGAUUCUGUUCCAAAUCAUGCUCAACCGGUCAUUUGGGCCAUUGUUUCGCUACCUGCCCAUCACCUUCGAAGACGAGGCAGCGCUGCGUGAUGAAGCAUUCCAACGAGCCCAAGAUCAACGUUUGGGUCUGCUGAAUGACGACCACGAUGACGAUGCAUAUGACAAGGAAGGCCUUCCAGCUCAUCAUCCUGGUGGCAGUGGCCCGGCGCCGACAACGGACGGCGUUGGUGGAAAGGCACACCGCGGCAAAAAAUUUACCCAUUUCAAACCAGUCAAAGGUCUGACGCAGGCUGGCAAGACGAUCAAGAACAAGACGUACGGCAAGGCGGAACAAGGCGUGAAGAGCGCGGCCAGAUACCGGGAAGAACGGCGGAAGAAGGACCUGGAGUCGCAGCGUGCCAUCGGAGACGCUUUGUAUGGCGGAUUCCAUGACGAAAUCGAGGACCUCACGCCAGAUGAGAGAGACGUACUCGUCCAGCGCGCAUUCAUGCACUCGGCUCUACGAGCGAGAUGUCCGACUGUCUGGAUCCCUAGGGAUGACAUCGGGAUCAGCGACGAUGAAAUUCGGAGAACUAGAGAAUUCAGUGACCACAUUUGGAUUUCGAACGAAGGGACUGCCUUGGACAGCAAAGUCAGGGUCGUCUACGGAAGAGCGCCACCUGACUUCAGCGAGAUCGACCUAAUCAAUCUGUAGUAGGUCGAAAACCUGGGAUAACUUCGGAAUUAUUCCAAACAACAACCGGCAAAUUCUCAGUGGGAUAAUCACGAUAUACGAAGUUCUUCCAAGCAUCGUUCCUCGGUCACCCAACAUGCGGGACAGCGGGGCUCAACGCCGUCAUUCCAGAUAAUUCCUCCACCCCCAAUCGAAACAACUGGGGGCAUAAUUAAGUUAAUCCAGACAUCGUCUCGCAAACCCGCACCGGAAUAAGCUGUC